AUGUCAAGCCCAACUCGCCCGCUGUCGCCAGAUGGCGCAGUCAAGAGGACGGAUACGGUGGGCACCGUGGAGGAGCCUACAAAGUCAGUUCCUGGGAUAAUGGAUGAUGUGGCCCGGGUGGUCGACCACAAGGCCGAACGACGCCUAUGCCGGAAGUUUGAUUAUCGCCUUCUUCCAAUUUUGGCCGUUAUGUAUCUGUUCAAUGCUUUGGAUAAAGGCAAUUUAGGAAACGCCGAGACCGAUGGAAUGACUGAUGACCUCAACUUCAAACCAAAUCAGUACAAUCUGCUCCUCUCAAUCUUCUUCGUUCCAUUCGUCAUCUUCGCGCCGCCAUUCUCGAUGCUGGGCAAAAAGUACAGCCCAGCACGAGUACUACCGAUUUUGAUGUUCUCAUUCGGUGCUUUCACGAUGUUGUCGUCUGCAGCAUACAAUUUCAGCGGUAUGUUCGCGCUUCGCUGGUUUUUGGGCAUGUCCGAAGCUGCGUUCUUCCCGCUGGUCAUUUAUUACCUGACCACAUUCUACCGCCGUGGUGAGCUGGCUCGUCGCCUGGCUGUGUUCUAUGCUGCAUCCAACAUCGCGAACGCUUUCUCCGGACUCAUCGCGUUUGGAGUUUUCCAGAUCAAAGGAUCCAGCAUCCCCAAUUGGCGCUACCUGUUCAUUAUUGAGGGAGGCGUGACCGUGCUCUUUGCCACAUUCGCUUUCUUCUACCUCCCACGCAGUGCCGCGGAAGCGAAGUUUUUGUCCGAGGAAGAGAAGGCCCUGGCUUUCCACCGAAUCCAGGUCGAUUCCAGUGCAGUCGUCAACGAGGAGUUCAGCUUCCGGGAGGCAAUUGCCAUCUUCAAGCAUCCCACCACUUAUGUUUUCUUGUGCAUUGAAAUCUGUCUGGGAGUCCCAUUGCAGGGCGUAGCUCUCUUCAUGCCACAAAUCGUGGGACGAUUGGGCUACACCACCGUCAAAACCAACCUUUUCACCGUGGCGCCCAAUGUAACCGGAGCGGUGAUGCUGCUGAUCCUCGCUUUCUCCUCCGAUUGGGUGAAGCUCCGAUCGCCCUUCAUCGUGCUGGGUUUCCUCCUCACAUUCUCGGGCUUCAUGAUCUAUGCCUCGAUCGACGACGUGCAGAACGAAUUGCAGGUUGCCUACUUUGCCUGCUUCAUGAUGACGUGGGGCACAUCCGCUCCAUCCGUGAUGUUGAGCACGUGGUACAACAACAACAUUGCUCACGAAGGUCGCCGUGUGCUGUUGACCAGUAUCGGUGUCCCAUUGGCCAAUUUGAUGGGCCUAGUGAGUAGCAAUUUGUUCCGCAAGCAAGAUGCGCCCAAGUACAUGCCCGCCCUGAUCAGCGUGGCUGCCUUCGGAGCAACGGGUGCCUGUCUGGCUGCUUGCCUCGGGCUGUACAUGUGGCUGGAUAACAAGCGUCGCGACCGCCGGGAUGGAGUCACACGUCAUGCGCGGGAUAUCCCCACGGAUCGUAUGAGAGAUGGACCGGCGUCUGCCGAUUUCCGUUGGUUUUUGUAA